AAUGUCACAACGGGGACGGUAAUAUCGGACGCACUUGUAUGGUUGUUGUUGUUAUUACAGUAUUUUUAUGAUUGUUAUUCCCGGAAGGGAAAGAGGCUUCCUGGGAUUCCUUCGUGCGGAAAGGAGAGCUUUGUGCGCGUAACGGGCCCGGCAGGAAGGCAGAACAAUGGCAUCAGGGGUGCCGUCUGGGCCAUAACUUCCUUGUGGCACAGCGGAAGGAGCUGCCAUGCACUCAUCUCAGCAGUUGGUGUCCUUUGAAGCAGUGGCUGUGUAUUUCAGCAAGGGGGAGUGGGAUCUCCUGGGUCCAAGCCAAAGAGCUCUCUACAAGGAAGUCAUGCUGGAGAAUUAUGAGAGUGUGGCCUCUCCAGAAAUUCCUAAGCCAGUCCUCAUCUCCCGCCUGGAAGGAGGUGAAGAGCCAUUUUUCUGGAUCUGUGAGGAAGGAGAGAGAUUGGCAGGAGGUGAUCAGUACAACAGUGAAAACUAUAGUGAGCCAGCAGGAACAUGCAAGCAGAAAGCAGGAAAGGAGAUGCUUGGAAAUCCGUCAGGACAAAAGAGAGCUGAGGGAAAUCAAUCAAAGAAUGGAAGGAAAGAAUCCUCUACUUCUCUGGGUGCUGAUGACCUUGAACUUCUGAACCCAGAAUAUCACCAAAGAAAGCAACUAAAAAAGUGUCCCGUCUUUGGGGAAAUGAUCAAAGAUAAAUCAGUACUAAAUAGAUACCACAGAACCCCCACGGGGGUGAAACUAUAUGAUUGCAUGAAGUGUGGGAAGAGCUUUAGAGAUAGGGGAACUCUCACUAGACACUGCAAAACCCACACAGGGGAGAAACCAUACAAGUGCAUGGAGUGUGGAAAGAGCUUUAGAGAUAGGGGUAGUCUUACUGAACACAAAAGAACUCACACAGGGGAGAGACCAUAUAAAUGCUUGGAAUGUGGGAAAAGCUUCAGUGCAAAUGGAAACCUUAAAGCACAUAAAAGAAUCCACACGGGGGAGAAACCAUAUAAGUGCAUGGAGUGUGGAAAGAGCUUCAGAAACAGUGGAACUCUUAGUGAGCAUGAAAGAACUCACACAGGGGAGAAACCAUAUAAAUGCUUGGUAUGUGGGAAAAGCUUCAGCGUGAGUGGAAGCCUUAAAACACAUGAAAGAAAGCAUACGGGGGAGAAACCAUACAUAUGUAUGGAAUGUGGAAAGAGCUUCCGUGACAGUGGGAAUCUUGUCAUACAUGCAAGAACCCACACAGGAAUGAGACCGUAUAAGUGUGAAGAGUGUGGAAAAAGUUUUAGUGUGAAUGGAAGUCUUACUAAACAUAAAAGAAUCCACACAGGCGAGAAACCAUAUAAAUGUAUGGCCUGUGGAAAGAGCUUCCGUGAUGGUGGAACUCUUAGAAAACAUGAAAGAACCCACAUGAAUGUAAACGACGCGCGCGCGCAGGGAGGAGCUGAGAGAUGCAGCCCUGCGAGGGUUAAACAAACCGAGCUGUGGUUCCUAGAGAGGCAGGAAGUUUUGAAAGUGGGGGAAGACCGUCGCCGACGCACCUCCAUUUGGAUUGGGAGGAAAGAGGCUCGUCGUCGGGAUUCCCAGGCGAGGAGCGGCGGGCAGGAGACGAAAGAGGCGACGAGAACAAUGGCAUCAGAGGCCCAAUCUGGAUCAUCGCUUCUUGGAGCUGGAGUGGAAACUUCUGCCAUGGACCCAUCUCAGCGGCUGGUGUCCUUUGAGGAGGUGGCCGUGUAUUUCAGCAAGGGGGAGUGGGAUCUCCUGGGCCCCUGCCAGAGAGCUCUCUACAAGGAAGUGAUGCUGGAAAAUUACGCAAAUGUAAUGUUUCUGGCUAAUCAGCGGGACAAGAGUUCUAGUGAGCCACUGGAAACAGGCCAGCAUAAAGCAGAAGAAGAGAUGUUUGGACAUCAAAGGAGGGGAAAUAGGCUAGAAGGAUACCGAUUGAAGAAGGGGAGGAAGAAUUUUUCUAUUUCUCAAGGUGCAGAUGAAGUCCCAAACCCAGAAGGCCACAAAAGAAAUCAACUGAAAAAGUGGAUAGUGUAUGGGGAAAUAUGCAAAGAUAAAUCUGUAUUAAAUAGACAUUUCAGAACCCGCACAGGGCAGAUCCUAUAUAAAUGCACAGAAUGUGGGAAGAGCUUCAACAAGAGAGGAAACUUCAUUGUACAUCAAAGAACCCACACAGGGGAGAAACCUUUUAAAUGCAUGGAGUGUGGGAAAAACCUCAGUGAUAGGAGAAGUCUCAUUGUACAUCAAAGAAUCCACACAGGAGAGAAACCGUAUGAAUGCCUGGAGUGUGGAAAGAGCUUCAGUGAUAGAAGAAGUCUUUUUGUACAUCAGAGAACCCACACAGGGGAGAAACCAUAUAAGUGCAUGGAGUGUGGAAAGAGCUUCACUGUGCAUCGUAGCCUUACUUCACAUCAAAGAACCCACACAGGGGAGAAACCAUAUCAGUGUAUGGAGUGUGGACACAGUUUUAUUGACAGAGGUUAUCUUGCUAGGCAUCAAAGAAGACACACAGGAGAGAAACCAUAUAAAUGUAUGGAAUGUGGAAAGAGCUUCAUUGAAAGGGGACAUCUUGCAAGGCAUCAAAGAAAUCACACGGGAGAGAAACCAUAUCAGUGCAUGGAGUGUGGAAAAAGCUUCAGUGAUUCACGAGCUUGUUCUAAACAUCAAAGAACCCACACAGGGGAGAAGCCAUAUCAAUGCAAGGAGUGUGGAAAAAGCUUUACUCAUAAUGGGAGCCUUAAUGUACAUUUGAGAACCCACACAGGGGAGAAACCAUAUGAAUGUGUGGUAUGUAGAAAGACCUUCACUCAGAGAGAUCACCUUAUUUCACAUCAGAGAACCCACACAGGAGAGAAACCCUAUAAAUGCUUGUUGUGUGGAAAUACCUUCACUCAGAGGAGUAACCUUAUUUCACAUCAAAGAACACACACAGGGGAGAAACCAUAUCAAUGCAUGGAGUGUGGAAAGAGCUUCAGUGAUAGGAGAAGUCUUACUGUGCAUCAAAACACCCACACAGGGCAAAAACCACAUGAAUGCACGGAGUGUGAAAAGAGCUUCAGUGAUAGGAGAAGCCUUAUUGUACAUCAAAAAACUCAUACAGGGGGAAAACCAUAUAAAUGUAUGGAGUGUGGAAAAGGUUUUUGUGAAAGAGUGUAUCUUGUUAGACAUGAAAGAAGGCACACAGGAGAGAAGCCGUAUGAAUGCUUGGUGUGCGCAAAGACCUUCACACAGAAAGGUCACCUUAUUUCACACCAGAGAACCCACACAGGAGAGAAACCCUAUAAAUGUUUGGUGUGUGGAAAGGCCUUCACUCAGAGAAGUAACCUUAUUUCACAUCAAAGAAUACACAUAAGUGAGAAACCAUAAAAAUGCAUGGAAUGUCAGAACUCCAGCAAAAACAGAAAGCUUACUAUAAUUCACAGAACCCACAUAAGGAGGGAGAAACUUGCCCUAGUGCCAUUUUUCUUACCCAACUUAGCUAGCACUCAGUCAGGAUCAGGGGUAUAGCUGGUAUAAAAGCAGAAUCCACAGCACUGAUUCCGGAAAGGCACUGAUGCCAUGGAAGACCAAUUAGUACCAGGAACUGGAAGAGAACCUGAAACUUCACCAAAAGUUCCCAAUAGCAUUGAAGGAAUUGGACAUUUUUUUAAAAAAUAAAUAAAUCUUGUAUACAGUUCAAUUUGGGAA